UGUCGCUUCAUAUGAGCGCCAGUCGAAACGCAAGCGCCGGUCGACCUACCCGCAAACCUAGAAUAAAACAGAGCCAUUGCAAUCUAGUCUCUAUUCUUGUGUUAAUUAAGUGCAUUAUUGUGAUGUAAAGAAAGGUUAACAUAAUGUGACAGAGUUGUGAAAGUGUUGGAUUCAUUCCAUGUGUUCGUGAACCUGCCUUUUCACAUGGGAUUGAUCUAUUGAAUAUUGCCCUGAAAGGAUGACUGUAUUUAUAUGCAUUAAAAGAUGAACAGCGGACAAAGACGAGCCCUAACAGGCUCAAUACAUAAGAUUAGAGAGUUUGAUUUGGAAAAAGUAUGCUUGGUUGAAGAAUUCGAUAUAUUACAAAUAGUUGGUGAAGGAUGGUUCGGAAAAAUUCUUUUAGUGGAACACAGAGCGUCUGACACGGAAAUAGUUUUGAAAGCCUUACCAAAGCCUUACGUAGCAAUAAGAGAUUUUUACAGAGAAUUCCAUUACGGCUUACAUUUAAGUGCACAUAAAAACAUCGUCACCACAUUCGACGUUGCCUUUGAGACUGCCGGUUUUUACGUCUUCUGUCAGGAAUAUGCUCCUUUAGGUGACUUAACAUCAAACAUGCUUGACACUGGUAUAGGAGAGAUUCACACAAAAAGAGUGGCAAAACAGUUAGCUGCUGCUCUAGAACAUUUACACCAACGAGAUCUUGUCCACCGAGAUGUUAAACUGGAUAAUAUCCUUAUAUUCAAAUCGGAUUUCUCUAGGAUAAAACUGUGUGACUUCGGUGAAACGAGAAAAGUUCAGUCUGUCGUGAGACGAAGAAAUGAAUGGUUGCCGUAUUCGCCACCAGAAGUUUUGCGCUUAUCGAUGGACAUUACAUACAAAGCGCUAAUAACCCAUGAUAUAUGGCAAUUUGGGAUUGUUAUAUUUAUUUGCCUUACUGGUUGUUUGCCGUGGCAGAAGGCAGCUUUUGACGAUCCACGUUAUUAUAGCUACUACAACUGGUAUAACAGUGCUAACCCUCUGAAAAGACAACCAAAAUUAUGGAAAAUGGUGUCAACAAAAGCGCAAAAAAUGUUCAAGAAAUUUGUAGAGCCACGUAUAGAAAAGAGAGCAACAAACUUUACGGAAUUAUCUCGUUUUUAUGAUGACCGUUGGAUGGCCAAAGGAUAUCAAGAUAGAGUUGCUGGAGGAGAUAUUGACGAGCUAUGUCCAUCAAUGUACAGUUUUCAUAGUGAUCCUAAUGAAAAGAAUAUACUGCUCAAACAUUUUAGAGACAAUGGCAUUGAAACUACAGUUGAUCGUCAUGCCAAGAAACAAAGGAUACGUGAAUGGAUACAAAAUAGUGUUAUCGAAGAAGCGGAUGAAGAGGAGGAAGCUGCCUGCGAACCCAGCGCAUAUGAUGACAGUGAUGUCGAAUUGGAAGAUGGAUCACGACCUCAUCCUAUAGAUGAAAGUCAUACAAAAAUUAGUCUGCGUUAUGAUACUGAAAAACAUAUAAAUCCUAGAACAGGAGAGGUUAUUGAUGGUGUUAAUCGACCUACCGAAAAAAACCCUCUUUCGUAUGACGUUCAAAACAUCGAACCUGUCGCUCCAGCAAAUGUAAUAAGAAGGUAUGGCGUGAAAGAUGAAUCCACGUCACAUAGCUCCACAAAAGACAGCGCUUAUGGAUCUAUUGAAACUUCAACAAAAAAUGCCAAAAUCAAAACGGAGAGAUAUAUAUCACCCGUAGAUAAAAUUUCAAACAAUUCACCAAGUCGAUCAUUAAGUGCGACGUCUCUUCACCAAAAGUCACCUUCAGCAAAUACACUAUCUACCCACGCUCAGAGAUUUCAAAAAAGCGAGGAAGUAUUUUCUAAAGAACUAGAAAGUACCAGAGAUAGUACUUCUACACUUCAUUCCACGGGUAACUCUUCUAGAUCAAACAGUGUUAAGGUGACCCGAAACAGCUCUCUCGAAAACCAUAAUAACACCAAUGAUGUGCUCAAAGAAUCUGAUAAUUCUAAUAAUACUCCAACACCCAAUAAUCCUGUUAUAACACAAAAUGGAUUUAGUCCAGGUAAAGGCAAUAAAGAAAUAUCAAAAUCCCACCAACCUACAAAACAAUAUAUAUCUAUGAAGAGUUCUGCCUACGAAAAUGUCAGCACUAGAAAUGAGUCAAUGAAACAUAAAAAAAUAGAAAAUAAUUUACAAAAUGAAAAUAACCAACCAUUAGAUAGUCCAUAUACUUCUAUGUUAAAUAUAGUACAGGGACAAAUGAAAAUAAGUCCACAUGCAAAUGAAUCCAAUAGAAAUACUGUUAAUGUAUCAGUAACUCAAGUCAGUCGGAGAACAAAAUCAUAACUUUGCUCAAAAAAUAAUUCUACUUAACAUUCUCGUAUUUUUUCGUUAGUUAUUGUUACUCCGUAAUAUUACGGUCUCGAAACUAAAUAAUUAUAAUAUGUACUUAGUUAUUAUGAUUUUUAAUUUAUAUCUAAGAAUAUGAUAUGUAUAAGACCUUAUACAAAUAAGUGAAUUGUCGUUCCUAUUUUUAAUAAAUAAGUAUACCUUUGUAUUGAUAAACUCUGAAUCUUAAUUAGGCUAGACUGACAUAGUGAUCUAUCAACGCAAUGCCAACCACUGGACGGAUCGUGCUGAAAUUUGGCAUUCAGGUAGAUGUUAUGACGUAGGCAUCUGCUAAAAAAGGAUUUUGACCAAUUCUACCCCCAAGGGGACAAAAUAGGGAAUGAAAGUUUGUAUGAAACUUUGUCAAUUUUGCGGCGAUUUGGCUGAAAUUAGGAAUGAAAAUAGAUUUUAUUCGGGAUUAACACACAAGCUACUUUCAUCCCGGAAAAAUCCGUGGGUCCCGCGGGAUUUGUGAAAAACUUAAUUCCACACGGACGAAGACGCGGGCGCCCGCUAGCAGGUAUACUUAUACUUCGUCAUCACCAUAGACUUACAGACUUCCACAGUUGGAUUGGACUAAGGCUUUAUGUAAGAAGUUUCAAUUUCCACGAUCUAUCGGUCAUGUCAGACACACACAUUUAAUGCAUACUCAUAGUAAUUAUAAUAAUAUGCUAAAAUUGUACCAAUUAUUAUUAAUAUAAAUGUCGUAAUAAAACUGUAAUUAAGUAUGAGGUAUUUAAUAUUAUAAGACAAGACACCUUAAUUAAAACAGGUUUAAUUAGUACAAUAAAUAAUACUUACAUAUGUAUCAAUUAUAAUAAUGUGCACAUAAUUAUGCUGUUUUAUUUUCCCAAACUUUCGAAACAUCUUGCAAUAGGCUGCUACAAUAUUUUAGGUAUCAACAGUAACGUAAGGGCGAGCCGCGAGGCCGGCAUCAUUCCGCGCGCAUCUUCCAAAUCGCUAUAUAAUUUGCAUCCGGAUUUACCUUAAGAUUUUUGAUUUCCUUGAGAAUGUCGAAACUCGAAAUACUUAGAGGUUUUUUGUGGCAUAUGUGGCCAUAGUUUUGUUACGCUAAUUUAAUUGAUUUUUUUCACAGCUUCAAAGCACCGUAGUAAUCAUUCUAAUCAACUCAAAAAUCCUCACACUAGAGUUUUGCUGGCUAAUGAAAGUAGAGUCUGAAAUCGCCCGCUAAAUGAAAAAAAAUCGCAGUAAAUUCUGAAAAUUAUAGUUCAAAUAUUGGAAUAACUGAGUUUAAUACUUAUUUUCAGGUAAUGUAUUCACAAACAAAAAAUAAUUUAAACAAAUUAUGAAAAUGCAUGUUUUUUAAUUUGUUUAUAUAUUUUUUUAAAUCUGGCGGGCGAUUGCAGUCUACUUUCAUAAGCCAGGCUAUAUACUAUCUAUAGUACGAUUAUUAAUUUCCUGGAAUUAAUCCUCCGCUCCGACUUUAUACAAAAAAAAAUAUGUUGGAAAAUUUUAUUUUACACUUUGUUCACAUUUUUUAACACUUUGUUCACAUUUUUAAACAGCUUUUUAGUAGUUUCUGCCUCUCUGCACUAAAACCGCGGACAGACGGACGGACAAACAGACGUAGGUACAUGGCGAAACUCUAUGGGGUCCUUGUAAAACCCCUAAGAACUUUUAGACCAUUAAAAAGAAUGGUCUAAGCCUAACAAGUAUCGUAUUGAGUUCGAUUUUAAAUUAUUCGAUUCCUUACAAUGUAAUUCGAUUCUACUGAGAUAGUUCGUCUGUGCUUGAAUGAAUAUCAACCACGACUAGUGAGGUUAGAACUCAGGGCCGAAUAAAAAAAUGGCGGCUUGUCUUGUUUUUUCUGUCAAAACAAAUGUCAAAAUUAAAUUAAAUUUGACAGUUGACUGUUUUUGUCAGAAUUUUGUACUCGCCGAAUGAAUCUUGUAAUGUGAUUUUAAUUGAAAUUAACGUUAUUAUCUUAAUAAUUUAAGUAUAGUAUAAGUCUAGUAACCUAUCGUAACAAAUUAGCAAACUCAAGUUAAAUUAUGGAAUGGAAUAACAUUGUCGCCUAACCUUUAUUCAAAAACAUUAUUACCCUCUUUGAGAGAAAUAAACAUAAUAAAAUCGCCAAACGAUGCAAAAGUUACAAGAAAGUGUUUUUUCAAUAGUUAAAACUACUAGUUUAUCGCCUGCUGUGUUUAGUUUUCUGCAACCAACUGAAGAUUUCUCAG